AUGUCCCAGCCAUCGCCCUCGCCAUCGCCAUCCUGCCCCGUGGAUCCUUCCACGCAACCCCAAUCAUUCAACUUCGCGACACACGUCGUCGACCACUGGGCGCGCGUGGCGCCGUCGCAAAAUGCCCUGCACUGGGUCAACCAAGAUCUCAGCGUCGAGAAAAAGUUCACGUACCGCCACUUCGCGCGGCAGUCGCACCGGAUCGCCUCGUUGUUUGAGUCGCUGGGCAUCCGGGCGGGCGACGUGUGCGUCCUGAUCAUACCGCGACUCCCCGUCUGGUGGGAGAUUGUGACGGCGUGUCUGCGCUCGGGCGUCAUCGUGUGCCCCUGCACGACGCUGCUGGUGGACAAGGACAUCGAGUACCGCAUCCAGGCGAGCCAUGCGACCGCCUUCAUCGGGGACGAGGUUUCCGUGGCAAAAGCUCUCUCGGUUCGGAAGAAUUGUCCGCGUCUGAAGACGAUUUUGCAAGUCGGACGAGCUCCCCCAGUCAGCGACGAUGUCGUUCGUUUCACCGACGCGCUGUCCAAGGUCCCCGAAACGACGCACUUCGCCGUCCCUCAAUCGCUACAACCCACGUCACCGGCAAUGAUCUACUUCACGUCGGGCACGACGGGCCCGCCCAAGAUGGUGCUCCACAGCCACAUCUCGUACCCGCUCGCCCACGCCCUCACGGGUGCCCACUGGCUAGAGCUCGACACGUCGUGCACGUACUGGAACCUCUCGGAACAAGGGUGGGCCAAGGCCGCGUACUCGUUCUUCUCGGCCUGGAACCUGGGAGCGACAUUGUUCGUCCACGACGACCGCGAGGCCUUUGACCCGGUCCGGACGCUGACGGUGCUGGACAAGUACCCCAUCACGACCCUGUGUGCGCCGCCCACCGUGUAUCGGAAACUCGUUUUGGACGAGUACCGGCCCCUGCUCGAGCGGUUGAGGACGUUGAGACACGCGACGGGCGCAGGGGAGCCGCUCAAUGCCCACGUGAUAGAGAAAUGGCGCGAGGUUCUCGGUAUGACCAUCUACGACGGGUUCGGUCAGACCGAGACCAUCGUCCUCUGCGCCAACCAGGCCGUCAAUCCCGUCCGGUUUGGGAGUAUGGGGAAACCUCUGCCGGGCGUGCCGCUGAAACUGAUCGACCCGCACGGCGAAGAGGUCGAUGCCGGCGUCGAAGGCGACAUGGCCGUCCAGGUGGAUUCGCACCGUGGGGGCUUCUUCGGCAUCUUCAAGGGCUACGUCGACAUGGAGACCGGUGCGCUCGACCAGCGGCUGAAGACGUUUGCGAACGGCAAACGUUUCUACCUGUGCGGCGACCGCGCCACUCGCGACGACGACGGAUAUUUCUGGUUUGUGGGCCGCGGGGACGACGUGAUCAACUCGGCCGGAUAUCGAAUUGGACCAUUCGAAGUCGAAUCGACGCUCAAGCUGCACCCCGCCGUCGUCGAGUCCGCGGCCGUGGCCUCGCCGGACCCGGAACGCGACGAGGUCGUCAAGGCCUUUGUCGUGCUCACCGAGGCGGCCGCGGGGGAGAUUGCCCACUCGCCGAGCAAGGCGGGCGCACUGCGCAAGGAACUCCAGGAGUUUUGCAAGAGGAACGCCGCCCCGUACAAGUACCCGCGCAAGAUGGAGUUUGUCCCCGCGGCCUUCUUGCCAAAGACCAUCAGCGGCAAGAUCCGGAGGGCCGAGUUGAAGAAGUUGGAGCGACGGAGAUACGUGGGACCAACGAGCGCGAAGCUAUAA